GGGUCAGCCAUCCUGGCAACAAUCAAUCAAUUUUCCACAACCAAGACACCUUUAUGGAUCCACGGUUUUGGAUCCACGAAGACAAACAGCAAGGGACGAUGACGUUUGCCUGUUCACGGAUGCUGCGAUAUCAGCAAGGAUGAUAAGGACGGGACAAGGAAUUGUUGCAAGAAAGUGGAACGGAAUGAUUAUGAAAGCAAAGGCAAUAGUCAAUCAAUAUAAGGGGGAACCAAUGAAAGAAGAAGCUUUGGCAAUUAGAAAUGCAAUGCUGAUGGCUAAGCAGGUAGGAUGGACUAAAAUUAAAAUCCAUUCCGAUAGCAAAUCAGUUUUAGACCAGAUACAUAGAGGCAAUGAGUAUGAUGUUAACAUUGCAACUAUUCUGGAAGAUGUGAAGGAUUUGACAACACAUUUUGAAAGGUGUAGUUUUGUGUUUAUACCUAGAACAGAGAAUGAAAUCAGCCAUGCUCUAGCUAAGUUUGCUGUACAGCUAGUGGAUGAUAUUCAAUGGGAACAAGACUUCCCAGUUUGGCUGAUGGAUUUAGUGAGGAAGCAAAUGAGGGUAGUAGCCCCUUUUUGUAAUUAAUUCUUGUAUUAUCAAGGGUUUAUCAUAUAUAUAUAACGGUUAACGUUUGUG